AUGAAACGCCCAGACCAGACUCACCACAUGUCUGGGGUGCUUGCUGCAGCACCUGUCAUAGCCACUGUGGCUGUGAUGGCCGGUCUUAUCACAAAUAUUCGCACAAGAGCUUCGAAUGCGUCUCAAACCACUUUUUUUUUAACAAUGGUUAUGGGAAGUGCUCUAUAUAUGGCUGUGCAAUAUCUACGAUAUAUCCGGUGCACAUACUUGAUGAACAAGGAUAGCAGCAGGCGAACAGGAAGGAUAAAAUGUCCCAGAAAAAGGCAACCGGCGCUCAUUCAGGUUUUUGAGCCUUCCUCAUCGAUAAAUGCGGAUUUUUUUCGAAUGUCUGCCAUUUUUGCCAACCAUCGACGUACCAGAGAGUCGAUUGAGCACCAUCUCCGGAAGAUGGAGACGCUGAGCGACGAUUCUACCUCAAAUGACGGCACUUUUGUGAAUAAUAGUGCUUCUGGAAGUUUUUUGGACUCUUUUGACGAGUCAAAUAGUCAUACCGCAUAUCUUGAUGGUCCAACUCUACCUGGAUGUGCAGAAAAUGGCUCUUUGUCGUGCAAUUCACUGUUUAUCGAGAACUACAUACGCGAAUUGCACUCUGAUUUGCCUUAUUCUCCAUCUUUGGCAUCCGAGGACGACUUUGCACUUGAAUAUGAUGACUCAAGUGCACCAACAAGUCCCGAAUGCUCCAUCGAGAACAAGUUCGAUGAAAUUUCAAAGAGUGCAUCCUCUUCUUCUCCUCUCCAACUGUCACCGAGAAAGUUAUCAUCUUCACAUUUGAAGUCUCCUUCUUCCACACCUUCGAAAAAGACAUCCUGGUCGCUAAAAAGCCUUCUGUCGGGAUUUGUCUCGCCAACACAGCCUUCGUCACGUGUUCAAAAUAGUGACUUUGAUGAUCUAAGGCCGCUCAAACUUGCCAUGAAGGAGCAUCGGAAAUUUUCGUGGUCUAAAUAA